AUGAGUGUUAACGGCACUCCCCUCCUCCCCUCUGCCUUUCCUGAGACCCCCAAAACAAAUCCAGUAAGAAGUCGCAAACUCUUCAAUCCUCAGACUCCUUCUCGACCGCAACCGAGAGAUACACGACCGAGAUCGCCCACAAAAUCACCAUUUAAAUCAGCCUCAAAGCUGUCGAGACCACCACCUCCGAAUCCGAACAGCAAUGUGCCACUGAUCCCAACGAAUGUGAUUGAUGCGCCGUCCCAGCGACUCUAUGUAGUUGCGGUAUACAUUGCCCUAAAUGCGUGGAGGUUUUAUGAAUCUUUGACCGCAUCUGAUGACCUGGAUUCCACUUGGUUACUGUUAAAAUGGGCCACAAUAGACGGAAUCUUUUUGGUUGGAUUGCAAGCUCUACGUAUACCUUGGUUGGAGUGGGCUUUUCCGACCACAUUGACUCUAUUUCUUCUACACGCUGUGGGCAACAUCUUUUUAAUGUUCCGCAUCCCAAUUCCUUGGGGUGUCUGGAUUUCUGGACUAGUCAAGGUGGCAUAUGAUCGUGAAAUAUCUAUUUCUGAGCAUAGGGUCAACCCGGGUGAUAUUAUUCACAAUGCGUCGUUGAUCUUGGGACGGCAAAUUGUACACAUUCUGCCAGAGGGAUCCGCCGUUCUCAAUCCAGAUCGAGGUUCGCUUUGUCUUGAUUCUCAAAGAGCCACGAUCGACCUCCCCAUUCGCGUCAACCAAACCGACCCUAUCUUGAUCGAAGUGUUGCGUAUGGACCUCAACACUGGCGAAAACGAGACCAUCACCAUUCCGGCGAAGCAAUUGAAGACUCUCAAGCGUCAGGCGGAAAAGAAACACACCGCAGGACAACUUCAUCGAGACUUGCUCUUUCCGGUCCGCAAGACUGGUAUCUAUCGUCUUCAGCGGGUGAUCGAUGAGUCUCAGCUCGAUGUCCAUACGCGGACGUUCGAUGCGCUAGUGGUAUCUUGCCCGCGAGCACUCAUCAAGAAUUCGCACAUCGACAAGUGCAAGGGAGAACUGUCCAACUUCAAACUGGAAGUGGAGGGCACACCUCCGUUGAAGAUUAAAUACAGUCGUCAAGUGAACAACCUUGAUCGUGGAUUCUCGGUCCUCAAUAUUCAACCGGACAACUUGCGCUCCCCGCUGCUUAACGGGCGGACUACUUCUGCUCUAUUCAGUGUCAACCAGCCCGAUGUUUCCUGGGCUCAAAGCCAGAAGAUCGAAGUUCCCUUGAAUGAAUCGCUGAACGAUGGCGGAGAAUGGUUCUACACUAUUGAAGAAGUACAUGACGCCAUUGGCAACGUGGCCAAUUAUUCUACCAUCUUCGACGAAGGAGAUCGGCCGUCCACCAAGUCGCAAUCCCAGUGGUACCAGUUCUCUGUUCAUGAACGCCCGCAGUUGUCUCUGCAACACUGCAACCUCCAAAAGCCGCUGCAGGUAGCCAAGGGAGACAGUACUAGAUUUCCCUUCAGCUUCCACCCUGAUGGCAACGCAUACUCUGGUGAUGGUCCAUUUUCUGUCGGCUACUCCUUCACUGGCAAUACCCAGCAAGAUGAGCCAGCCGAUGAAAAGACCGUGAGUAUGAAGAAUAUGGAUCACGCCGUGGACAUCAAGGAGCCCGGUUUGUAUACCCUGACUUCUGUCUCCACCAAAUUUUGCCAGGGAGAGAUCUUGGAGCCUUCGUCUUGCUAUUUGCAUAACCCCCCUGAGCCAGAACUUGCUGUCCGGGCCGAGAAGGUCUUUGACAAAUGUGCAAACAACGCAAUUGGGUUGAUCGUUGAUUUGGAUCUUACAGGAUCCCCUCCAUUCUCUCUCCGUUACAGCGUUGAGAGCUCCAAGGGAGUCGUCAACAAAGUACUUACAAUUGACGGAAUGCGCACGCAGCUCGACCUCACUCCUUCAGAAGCAGGUUUCUACCGUUACACCUUCCUGGAUCUUGAAGACUUUGUCUACUCGCCUCGUAACCUCAAGGACAAGCUGCCUGUGCUUGAGCAAGAUGUCAAACCAGCAGCGUCGGCUCAAUUCUUGUCAAGGCAGUCGAGAUAUGCAUGCUUCGGCGAAUCAGUUCCUGUGGAGGUUUCUUUCCUUGGAGAGGCUCCUUGGUCUUUACAAUAUGAGAUCGUUCAUAAUGGAAAGAGAACGAAGAAGACACUAGAAUCUGAUAUCGAUAUCGCGACCAUAACAACCGACAAACUGGUCAGCGGCGGUAGUUACACCGUGGCAUUGACCAAUGUGAAGGACAAGUCCCAAUGCAAACGAGCGUUGAAGGAGAGUAUCAACAUUGAAGCCCGAUCUCAACCACCGCAUGUCUCUUUCGGUCAGAUUGACAAGAAGAGGAGUGUGUUGGCCCUGCAAGGCUCUAAGAUUGAGAUCCCAGUCAGAUUGAGCGGCGAGCGGCCUUGGACUGUUAAGUACCGGAACGCUGAUGUCGACUCACAGCCUAUCCAAAAGAACUUCUGGGAUGCGAACAGUGUUUUGACUGUGGAUAAGCAAGGUCUUUAUGAGAUUAGUGAGGUAUUCGACGCUGCUUGCCCAGGAACUGUGGACCAAUCUGCGAAUGAAUUUGAAGUCUCUUGGAUUCCUCGACCUCAAAUUACUGCGCUGGACGGCAGCCCCAUCGGCGCAGCUAGACAGGUUGCGAAGUCCGAGAUUUGCCAAGGUGAUGAUGAUAGCCUCGAAGUUCGGUUGUCCGGCAGCCCUCCGUAUAACCUGCAAUACGAGAAGCGACGUAAGGCGGACCGUGGAGGUCUCUCCUCGGCGAAGCCACGGGCUUUGAAGUCCGCUCUUCAUGUCACUUCAAUGGAAAUGGAUACCUCGGAGCCUGGAGAGUACAUUUACAAGUUCACCCAAGUCGCCGACAAUCUCUACGAUCACGAUCCCCAAAACGACCCUCUCGUUGUUACACAGAAGGUGAACCCUCUGCCAUCUGCCAAAUUCGAUGCUCCUGGUCACGUUUAUGGAUUUUGUAAAGAAGAUAUCAGCGGAGAGGAAGUCAUCCCCAUUACAUUGGAAGGCGUGCCACCAUUCUCACUAGAGAUCAACAUUAAGCAUAACUCAAACGCCAAGCCAGAGAUUGUCACGAUCCCCAAGAUCAACUCGAACCGCCACAACUUGCUUAUUCCCCGCCGUCACCUCGAUUUGGGCCAGCAUGUGGUCAGCAUUCACAAGGUUCGCGAUUCUCGAGGGUGCCAAAAGACCACCGAAUUCGAUGCCUCCUCAGUGAGAGUUGCUAUCUCUGAUGUCCCCACCAUCAUCCCACUCGAGUCUAAGACAGACUACUGUGUGGGCGAGCGGCUUUCAUUCUCGUUAUCCGGCCAUGCUCCAUUCGAAGUGUUCUACAAGUUCAACAAUGCCCAGCGCAAGGCCAAGUCCCAAAACACCGUCUUCCGUCGUAUCGCCGAACACCCUGGUGAUUUCACCAUCACUGCGGUCAGCGACGGAGCCAGCGGCAAGUGCAAGGCCCACAAGGAUAUCACCAAGGUCAUCCACGCGAUGCCAAGUGUGCGUAUCAGCAAGGGCAAAGAAACAGUAGUGGAUAUUCACGAAGGUGGAGAGGCUGAGCUUCACUUCGAGUUCUGGGGCACACCACCGUUCGAAUUCACAUACAUUCGAAGCUCCAACGCCCGCAAGGGGAAGAAAGCGGAGGUUCUUGAUAUCAAGCACGACAUCUCCUAUGAGAAUGUCAAGACCAUAAAGACCUCCGAUGAGGGUACUUACGAGGUCAUCGCGAUCAAGGACAAGUUCUGCUCAUUUUCUUCUCAAACACCAGGCAAGUUAGACAGGUGA